ACAUCCAGACAACUUUAUUGUGCGUCACGUGACGAAAACAUUGCAAAGGCGGAAGUCCAGCGAGCUGUGACACCGGAAGUCUCCUCCAGCGUACGUGAUUAUCAAUAUAUAUAUAUUUAUAUAUAUUUUACUCAGCAAUGCCACAAAAAGACCCGUGUCAAAAGCAAGCCUGUGCAAUCCAGGCGUGUUUACAAGCUAACAAGUACGCGGAGGUCAUGUGCGUGGAUGUCAUCCAUCACAUGCGGGAGUGCUGCAGAAUACACGCCGAACACUCUGCAUGCUGCUCCGGCUUUAAACACACGCCGGCAGGAGCUUUUAAAGACUCGGGGUUAACAGAAGUGUAAAAAAAAAGGAUCGAUCAUGUGCAUCAACAAGUCUACCCGCUCUUCUUACACUUCAAAAUAAAGAGUCGUGUGUAAUAAAUGCUUAUGCUAGUCUAACCUAUUUGUAUGGACUUGCUUCUUUGUGACGUUAAGUCCCUGUUAUAAGAUAUUAUGCAGUAUAUGCCUUGAGCUCUUGUUUUGAAGGCGCAAAGAGCGGAAGUGGUGACACGUUGCGGUGCAGCGGAGUUUUUGAAAACAAAGGAAAUAAAUUGGUCCUCCUCCUAAAUGCUUUUUUUCAUUUUUCCAGGAAAAAGUUUGAAUCAUAUAAAGAGAUGUUUUUCUUUCACUGUAUCUAGUUAAAACAAAUGUUACGUAGAUCUCGUUUAGCUUUAUAGCUUUUGUUUUCUUAUGAUUAUUCGACUGGAUUAUAUUUGUCCUAACUGCUGUCUUCCUUUCUAGCGAUGCUUGCUUUUUGGCUCUGGAAGAUUUUUUUAAGUAGUUAGCGAAGCGUUUUCUGUAUUUUUGUGUGUGCACUCCCAUCUUCUGCCCUGCCUCAAUGACUUUCACUUAUUUCCCACUUUUUUGUUGCAUUUGAACACCUCAUUUCAAUUGAAAAAUGGCUUGACCUUUUUGAUUUUUAAAUGGCUCCCAAUUGACUCCAGAUUUAAAAAAAAGAAAUGUCAACAGGCUUGGGCUACUUUUGGCAUAAGAUGUUACUUUAAGUUCAGAUACUUUCCCAUAUUUUCAUCACAAAAAGUUGGUAAAAAAAUACAGACACUUUGAGGCUGACCUGAUGAUGAACUACUUUGAGAAGAAUGUUUUUCUGUUAUUUGUAAGUCUACUGUACUUCUCAGUUGUGUAAACAUUGACUAUUGUGUGUGCAGUCCUACUUGAGAUUAAGUUCAGUUUAAAGAAUUAGGCCAUCAAGUUAAGAUACAUGUAAUUGUGACUUAUUUGAUUUAUUUUACUUGUAUUCUAAAUUUCCCUCUUGAGAGAUUAAGUCAAGUUAAGUCAACUUUAUUUAUAUAGCACGUUUUCAACAACUUUUAAAUUGAACCAAAGUGCUUUACAGGUUAAAAAAGCAUAAAGCAAAAAACAAAACAAAAAAAACCAACCAAAAAAAAACAAAAAAACACCUUAUUGUGGUUAAGACGGGGGUCGGCCACCCGUGGUUCUAGAACCGCAUGCGACUCUUUAUUGUCAUCCCAGUGGGUUGAGUUUUUCCUUGCCCUGAUGUGGAAUCUGAGCCCAGGAUGUCAUUGUGGCUUGUGCAGCCCUUUGAGACACUGGUGAUUGUGUGCUAUAUAAGUAAACAUUGAUUGAUUGAUUGAUUUAGCACCGCCCCAGUGGCUCCCCUGGAGCAACCAUUUAGGUGCCCGGAACUGGCAAGAAGGACACAAUAAGACCAGGGCUGGAAUUUAACCACGGCAACUGCGGCAAGUGGCGCGACCGCCCGUGUCACUUGCCGUAAUGCCCUAAAAAAAAUUGCCCGGCAUCGACAGCAAGAACAUGCCGUAACCGCCCUUGACCUGCUCAGUGGCCUAGUGGUUAGAGUGUCCGCCCUGAAAUGGGUAGGUCGUGAGUUCAAACCCCGGCCGAGUCAUACCGAAGACUAUAAAAAUGGCCACUUAUUGGAAUUUAAGCGGUAGAAAAUGGAUGGAUGGAUGGAUCACCAAAAAUGAUUCCCGGGCGCAGCCACCGCUGCUGCUCACUGCUCCCCUCGCCUCCCAGGGGGUGAACAAGGGGAUGGGUCAAAUGCAGAGAAUAAUUUCACCACACCUAGACUAGUGUGCGUGUGACUAUCAUAGACUUAGACAAACUUUAAUGAUCCACAAGGGAACUUGUUCAACACAGUAGCUCAGUUACAAUGAUGGAAAGGACAAUGCAGGUAUAAAUAGACUAAUAUAGCUAUAAAGUAGCUAUUGCUACUUUAACUUAAUCUUUAAUCUUUUUACUUGUUAAUGUUAAUAAUGAUCAUUCGAGAUAAAAUUCCCAACGGGUCUAAUUUUUUAAUUACCGAAAAAGCAUCCUUUAUUAAUGCAUUUUAGGCGACACGAUGCGCUUGAUAAACAUGGCGGACUCAGAGUAAGGGAGCCAAGUGCACUGUUUAACGUCAUUUUGAUUAUUGUA